ACCUCUGAGGAGCCCAAAAUUUCCAGUAGCACUACAGGCAGGUGCUGCAUAAAAAGAAAACGCGAUAGGAAGAUAAAAAUAUAAAAAUAACUUUUUGCAACUUUUAUUUUUGAAAGUACAUUUUAAGUUUGUAUCUCUACUUAAGAAACUUUUUUACUUUAAAAUAACAGAGGAAAACUAAGACAAAAUGAUAAGUCUGGUGUGCAUCACAAUAAUUUCCCUGACCCUGGCUGGCAGUGCAUACUGUCAAAUGGCAACUCCAUCCUCUCCUAAAUUAGUCAAGACUGAACUGGGUGGAAAUGUCACCCUGCCCUGCAAGUUUGAGUCAGAAGACAGCUUUUUCUUUGGCAGUCUGAAAGUCACAUGGACCAAAGUGGCAGAAGAUGAAUCCCAGAAUGAGGAUGUUCUGGUGUCAAUUGGUUUACACAAGAGGACUUAUGGAAACUUCGAGACUCGUGCCUUUUUGGUAAAUCUAGAAGGUGGUGAUGCAUCCCUAGUGUUAACCGAAGUCUCCAUGGAGGACAUGGGAAGGUACCGGUGUGAGGUCAUUGAUGGGAUGGAAGACAUAAUACAAGAUGUCAUCUUAGAGGUAGAAAAUGGUUUAACUGAAGGUGUUGUGUUCCCAUACUCUCCCCAUCGUGGACGCUACAACCUGAACUUUGUUGAUGCUGUGCAGACCUGUGCCAGCCAGGAUGCUGUAAUUGCCUCCUUUGAUCAGCUGCUGGAGGCCUGGAAAGAUGGUCUGGACUGGUGCAAUGCUGGUUGGCUGAGUGACGGUACAGUGCAGUAUCCCAUCACCAAACCCAGACAGCCCUGUGGCGGCACCAACAGCAAUCCUGGAGUCAGAAACUACGGACGCAGAAACAAAAGGAUGAGCCGCUUUGAUGUGUUCUGCUAUGCUUCCAAACUCAAGGGUCAUUUCUAUUGGUUGGUCCAGCCAGACAGGCUGAGCUUUGAUGAGGCAGUGCAGGCAUGCCGAGACGAAAAUGCAGAGAUUGCUAAGGUUGGCCAUAUGUAUGCCGCUUGGAAGCUUGAGGCCUACGACCGCUGCGAUGCUGGCUGGUUGGCUGAUGGAAGUGUCCGCUACCCAAUCUCCAGGCCCCGCAAGAACUGCAGUCCCACAGAGGCUGCAGUGCGCUUUGUUGCAUUCCCAGACAAAAAGGUUAAGUCUUAUGGCGUCUACUGCUUCAAGGCUUACCAGUGAGAGUAUAAUAAACAUGUAGGGAAACCAUAACCACCAAAGAGCAGCAACAACAGCCAUUAAAAUAAACAAUAAAGCAGAUGAGCUUUGGAUUUUAACCAGUUGAAAUAUAUCUUUCUGAAGCAGUAAUAGUUCUCACAUAGAAUAAACAACAAAGUAUAAGUAGCAUUUAGGGUUGUUUUUUUUUGGGGGGGGGGGGGGGCAGGGGGGAUUAUAGCUGUGCACUCUGUUUUGUAAAGGGCAAAAGUGGGGUUUGUUGUGGCCAAGACAAGGUCUGAGGGAACAACAUCACCUGAGUUGUUUAGUUUUGUCUUUCACAAAAUGUGUAAUGUUCAAAGUUUCACUGCAAUUAUGCUCAUAGAAUGUGGCUGCUUUCAAAUGUUUCAUGUGCUAUUUUGCUAAGCAAAUAUAUAUCAACAAAAACAAAUUGAUUUCAAUGUGAUGAACAUAGCGUGGCUACAGCUGUUGAGCUACAUAUUUUACUGCAAGAAGGAAUCAUUGUGAUUAAUUGCCAGAGUUUAAGUGUUUGUUUUUUUUUUUAUGUACAUUACCAGUGAAUGGUUUGGACACAUCUUUGACAUGCAAUGUUUUUUGUUUUUUUUCAUUUGUCUACUAUGAAGCAAACGUACAAGGAAUUAUGUAGCAAACAAAAGAAAUCUGAAAUAACUAAAAACAUCUUUUAUAUUGUAGAUUCUUUGAAACAGCCCAACUUUGCUUUAAUUUCUACUUUGCACACACAGCAUAAUGAGGUCGUAACCUGAAAUGGUUUUACAACAGUCUUUAAGGCGGUGCAGGAAUAAAAACAAAGAAAACCCAUUGAAUGAGAAGGUUUGUCCUUUUGACUGAUAGUGUAUAUACAUUUAUCUCCUAAUCUGCAAAAAUGAUUCUUUGACCAUAAAAGCUGUAGGCAAAGUAGCUGCAAAGAGAAUUGAUGGAAAUUACUCAUUUUGUUAUAUUUUUUGCAUUUCAGUUGGCUACCUAGUUCUAAUUUCCCCUCGGGGAUCAAUAAAGUAUCUUUGAAUUGAAUUAGCUAAAUGUAAAACGUCUGAAACACAUUAUGUUUAACAAAUUAUGCAUUAUUUCUAUUUUAUAGCAUAAUGAUUUUACAUUUUUUGAUAAGUUUGUAUUUUUUCUGACUCACAGUGAUUCUUUCAAAGAAAUAGUUUAAAGUCAGUACUUGCCGAUUUUGCUUUUUUAUUAAUAUUUUAAGAUUUAAAUUUUUUUUUCUAAUUGUGCAGGACAAGUGCAAAUAAUCCUUGUUUGCUUUGAUAUAAAACUAAGCUUAAAACCCCUAACUGACUGAUGAUGAUUGCAAUCAGUAGUUGUUAAAAUGUGUAGCUCUUUGUAAUGAAAACAAGUUAAUAUUUUGUCUCUAGCUAUUUUUUUCUACUUUAUUUCUAACGUCUGAUACUUAUUACAGAUGUUUAUUUGUUCCAUUUCUUCACAGUUCCACAUACAGAAUUGGUAUUUUUGUAUGAUACCAUGUAACUUUUACAAUGUUACAAUUAAAAAUAAAAAUAAAAAUUUCGAAAACGUU